AUUUGUGCAAAUAAGAAUGAAAACAAAACGACCGGAGUUGAAUAAUGAAUCACCAGAAGAUGUAGAGCUUUUUUCACGACAGAGAAAUAAAGAAGACAUAAACAAAAGUGAAAGUACAUUAAACAAACCUAGUAUUAGCAUAACUGAAUCUCAAGAAAGACAAGGGCAGUUAUUAUCUCAAGACAAUGUAGAGAAUGUAUUAUCAGUUAGUUCGCAAACAGAACUUACGACAGAUACCAGCUCUAAUAUUGCUUCAACUAUAUCGAUGAGUGAAAAAAGUGCUAAAUUACUUCCUAAGUGUUUUUGUCAAAGAACAUACAAUAAUAAUAAAAUGCAAAUUCAUAGUGCAAAUACUUGGCCUACUCAAAAAUAUUCAAUGGAUAGAGAUAAUCAACAUAAAAAACAUAAAGAUUCAUUAAAACUACAAAUACAUCAACUUACUCAAGAGAUAGCAGCUAUUCGUAAAGAUAUAGAAAAUAAAAAAAAACAGUACUCUUUAAUAAGUCAUCGUGUUAAAAAUAAACAAUCAACUGAUGAAUCAAGUGAAACUCAAAAUCGAUUCUCUAGUAAUAAUAUUAGUGGCAUUUUAGAUGAAUCAGAUAUAAACGUAGAUUUUGAAAAAGGACAUGAUAAAAAUAUUAUUGAAUUUACGGAUCCAGAAAUAAGAAGGGAAUAUUUGGAAUUGAUUAAGAAAAAAAAAGAAUUGCAGCAUAAAAUAAAAAAAGAGCAAUUGGAAAUCGACGUAAUAUUGGCUGUGAAAAUGAGACUAGAAGAACAAAUAAAAUUAUUAAGCACACAAAUUGAUGAAGUUGAAGAAAGAAAGGAUAUUGAACAAAACAGAAUUAAUUGUGAGAGUAAAUAUGAUGAAAAAACACAAGAUAAUGUGGAAAUUACAAUUAAUGAACUAGAAAAGGAAGAUAAUGAGAGACAAACAAAAACUCAACAUCGAUUAGAACAGUUUGGAGUUGAUUCAAAAGAAGAUCAGUUUAAAUUAAUAAUAACCGAUGAUGCGUUAAUAAAAGACAUACAUGGAAGAAUAGCUGCAUUUGAAAAGAAAUUAGAUGAAAUAAUGGAUGCUCAUAAUGAUUUAGAAAAAUUCAUUCGAAAAAACCGAGAGCAAAUAAAUUUGAGUCAAUUGGAAGACAAAUCAAUUAAAUCAAUAAACCGAACAAUGAAUUUUCAAGAUCGUACAAAGUUAAUUGGUUAAAAAAUUAUUUAAAUGAAAAAAAUAAUUAAUUUUUCUCUUAUUUAUUUUCAGUGGUAUGCGAUAUUAUUUUUUGAUAUGAGUCCAAAAUUUUUGAAUAUUUUGUUUCUAUGUUAUUUGAUAUAGUUAUGCCUUCAUCUUUCAUUUUUUGCCAUAGUUCCAAUGCAUCAUGAAUACUUGUUGUAUUACCUCAAAAAAAUUUUAACAUUUAACGUAUUUUCAUUUUUAAGAAAUCUAACAGAGAAAAAAAAUUUACUUACUAUAAGAAGCGAACAAUAAGUCACAAAUUAAUGGGCGAUU